GAAGCCAAAAAGCUCUUCCAUUAUGAACUUGUAAAUCCCUUACUUUGGUUGGUAUGUGUUACUUUGCUCACUAAACUUUUCUGGUUCUCAUCUCAUGCUGCCCUCUGUCAUCGUCUUCAAACUCCUGAAUCCAUUAAUUGUUGCCACUGCAACUUUGAGGCAGUGGGAACAUGUGGAUGUGAUGGUGACUCACUCCUGAAUGAAUCCCUUUUCAGGUGGUUGGUUGUCUUUGGGAAAGAUCACCGCAUUUAAGAUCAUCAUCUUUCUGCUUGAGGCCACAGUGCACACACCACAUCACCCCCCAUCCUUCUCCGUUCACGAUGCUGCACGCUUCAUCCUCGAGGAUCGAUCAAAAUUCUGUUCUGCAAAUGGUUCAUCUUCACCAUCUGAAACUUGUUGGUGGAUCAUCAUGUUCUUAAGAACAACUGUGAGAUGACAGCUACGACACACAUUAAACCAUGAUUCACUGUUUCUCCAACGCAUCCCAAAGAAGCAUGUGUAUUCAUCACAUGCGCUAAGCAUCCCCUGACAUGUCCAAGCUGUUCAUCAGAGAACUCUUGACCAAACCCAUCCAUGCGAGAUUGGAACGAAGAAGGAAGCUCCCACUGCACCCAGAGUUGGACCUCCAAGAAAUGCCUGUCGAAAGCAGCCGAACAAUCAAUUGAAGAGAGAAGACAACAUUGCAGAAUCAUACCACCCCAAGACAUCGCAACCCCACCCUUUCAGUCCAACACUCAUUUGCUCAGAGGCUGCCAAACAAAGUCUACAACGCAUCUUCGUGCUUUCGGUUCUGGAGUCGGUCCAAGUUGCACUCACAAACCUAACCCUAGAAAAUGGUUUGGCCCCUUCCCAUUACCCAUAAACACGAGUGUAAUUUAAUGGAAACCCGCUCCUAGGACAUGAGACAGGGGUCUACAUAUCACUUCUUUAAUGCUCUGGAAUCUUUUCCUCCUCCAUGAUCUCUGAGGACUGGAAGUGGACCAAAGGCCCUCCCUUUUUCUAGUGUUCGUUGCAUCACAUGGCAGCAGGAGCAGGCCGCCUUUUCUUGGGUUCAAUAGUGGCAGGGCACCUCUGUUGGGUUUCUUUCUGAGAGCUGGAAGAGAGAAGGGACCUCCUCGUUCCCUUGCUUUGCUGUGCUGUGUUGGGAUUUGACAUCAAAAGUUCUGAUCUUGCAGCCUGGGUUUCGUUAAAAGACCUCUCCUUUGGCUCUGUUCCUCUCUGCGUCCGCUUCGCCCUUCGUUGGUUCGUUCGUUGCACCUAUCCAGGUGCGAGUUGAUUGGUUCGGAGGAAGGUGCGGAAGCUGGUUUUGGUCCCGCAAUUCGAUUUGGAUAUUUGCUAUGAGAAGGGAGUAACAGGAUGGGACGGUGGCGGCGGAGAGUUCUAUGCCCGUGGCUCCUCUGCGCGCUGGUAGUUCUUUUUUCUAUUCAUGGAUCGAAAGGUCCUUACUUCAAACGACAACUAGUCUCUCAAAGAAUGUUGCUACAGAUGAGACCUGGCUUGCCAACCACCAAUAUAAAGAUGGAAAUUAAGACUUUGGAGAUGCUGGAUUUUCAAACCCCAGCUUUAGGCUCCUACAUAUCCCCUUCACCAGACUUAGCAACCAUGGUCCCUCAUAUCAAAGAAAAGGCACCUCCUCCGAUGCACCUGUCAGAACCACGCACUAAUUAUGCACCUAGCCCUUCAAUAGUCACCCAAGGAUCUGUCCUCAAUUCCCCAACCGUGUUGCCUAAGUCUGAGGUUCUACCACCUACCGUCCAAGCAGUAGUACCAUCAAUGCAGCCCAGUGCACCACCUGAUCAUGUUGCCAAGGCAGAGAAACCAAGAAUGAGGCCUUCCAUGCAAAGUCCAGCUCCUGAUGUUCCCGUUUCUACAUCAAUUUCUAGUGUAGGAGUGCCUGAUGCUGAUUUUCAUGGAAAAGCACCUGAUAAUAGUUCUCCGGUCGUGGCAACUGUAACCCAAGGACCUGCUGUUUCUCCAACAUCAUUCAGUUCACCUGCAAUUCAUGGCAAUAGGGAUGGCAUGCCUGUUGCUGCAUCCCCUAAGAUUAGUCAAACAUCCCUGUCAAAUUAUUCUCAUGCAAAAGUCCCUGCGGUUUCUCCAUCCUCAUUAACUUCUCCUGCCGUUAGUUGGAACAGGCAUAGCGUACCAGUUCCUGCACCUCAAAUGGAAUCAUCCAGCCACUUAUCACCUACAAAUUAUUCACAACCAAAAGGUUUGGCUGUUUCUCCAUCACUUAUCCCUUCACCCAACAGCCAUAGUGAUUCGCAUGGAGCACCUGUUGCUGCACCUCCGAAAGAGUUAUCCAACCAUGGACCCCCAGACAACCAUUUAAAUCAGAAGGGGUCUCCUUUCUCUCCGGUAUCAUCUAUUUCUCCUGUUAACCAUGAGAGAAACAAUGGGAAGUCAGUUGCUCCACCUCCAAAGUAUCGACCCAAGCACUCAAUCCCAGUAAAUUAUUCCCAUUCAAAAGGGCCUGCUACGUCUCCAUUAACGAUCAUGUCUCCUGCUAUCUACAAGAGUUAUGGUGUGCCAGUUGCUGCACCUCCCAAAAAUCCAUCCAACCACUCUACCCGUAUAAUCUAUUCCCAUCCAAAAGGACCUGCUGUGUCCCCGGUAGCAGCAUUAUCUCCUGCCAUCCAUGAGAAUCAUAAUAUGCCAGUUGCUGGACCUCCAGAGGAUCGAUCUAACCAUUCAACCUCUGUAAAUUACUCUCAUCCAAAAGUGCCUGCUAUGUCUCCAUUGACAGCUGCGCCACCUGCCACCAGUGAGAGGCAUGGCAUGCCAGUUGCUUCACCUCCCAAGGAGAGAUCCAGUCAUAUUUCUCCUGUAAAUCAUCCACACCUGAGAGGUUCUUUUCCUGUGAUAAGCCCUGCACCACAUGAAGUCGAGGUGCCUUCUGAUCAUACACAUGCUCCUUUUAGUUCUCAUCCACAACCUCCGACAGAAAAAGUACCUGAUAGUCCUUCACCCAUGCCUGUAGUUCCAUCUCACCAAUUUACACCUGGGAAAGGGAAAGGAAACCCCUCAUCUGCUCCAUCGCCACUGCUUCCUCCCGAACCAUAUCAUCCUGCACUGCCUGCAAGGAUCAGGCCGAAGGUUCAUGCUCCACCACCAUAUGCUCCAGUUCCAUUUCAUUCAAUAGAUAGUCAAGGAACGCCUGCACCUACUCAAUCAAUUGUGGCUCCAUUCACUCAUAACAGAGGGCAUGUCCAAUUUCCUGUGGCUUCUCCUUCUGGACCAAUGCAUUCAAAACCGAUGGCACCAAAGAUGCAACCUAUUCAUGCAUUACCACCCCCACCUCCUAGUUUAGAUUGUACCCCACCAACUUGUUAUGAUCCUUUAACAAAUAGCCGCCCAGGAUCACCCUGUGCCUGUGUGUUGCCAAUAAAAGUUGGACUUCGCCUAAGCAUUGCAUUGUUCACAUUCUUUCCCUUGGUCUUUGAAUUUGCUCAAGAAAUUGCAUUUGGUACAUUUAUGGAUCAAAGUCAGGUGCGCAUCAUGGGAGCAAAUGCUGCCAGUGAGGAGCCUGAUAAGACAGAUGUCCUCAUUGAUUCGCUACCACUUGGAGACAUAUUUGAGAACAGCACAGUGUUCUUAGUUUAUGAAAGGUUCUGGCACAAGCAGGUGUUCAUAAACUCAUCUUAUUUUGGGGACUAUGAAGUACUGUAUGUCCACUAUCCAGGUCUUCCUCCAUCACCACCCACAGCACCUGGAAACAUAAAUAUUAAUGAUGGAUCAUAUGGCAAUGACAAUAAUCCUAGGACAAUACAUCCACUUGCGGUUGAUGUGAGAAGGCAAAAAGAAAAGCAAAAUCACAGCUUAGUAGCUGUCCUAGCUAUCUCUGCUGUUAUAGCUUUCAUCUUAUGUGUUGGAGCAGUAUGGCUUUUGUUACUGAAAUGCAGAGCUGGUUCUCAUCUUCCACAAACUCCACAGGCUUUAACACGCCCACUCGCAAAGGCAUCAGGUAUUGGCCCCACUAUGCUUGGAAGCAAGCAAACAUCAGCAUCAGCGUCCUUCAGCUCUAGCAUGCGAACAUAUGCAGGAUCAGUUAAAACAUUUAGCCUAUCUGAGAUGGAAAAGGCGACAAACAAGUUUGACAGCUUGAAAAUAAUCGGUGAAGGUGGUUUUGGACGUGUUUAUGAAGGUACUCUGGAAGAUGGCACAAGGGUGGCCAUAAAGGUUCUUAAGAGAGAUGACCAAGAAGGUAACCGAGAAUUCUUAGCCGAGGUUGAGAUGCUGAGCCGAUUGCAUCAUAGGAAUUUAAUUAAGUUGAUUGGUAUAUGCACCGAGGAACACAACUGUCUGGUAUAUGAACUUGUACCAUCUGGCAGCGUAGAAUCUCAUCUACAUGGUGCCGACAAGGAAACUACUCCGCUUAAUUGGAAUACGAGGCUGAAGAUUGCACUUGGUGCAGCUCGAGGUCUUGCCUAUCUGCAUGAAGAUUCAAGCCCUCGUGUUAUACAUCGUGAUUUCAAGUCGAGCAACAUCUUACUGGAAGAUGACUUCACCCCCAAAGUGUCUGAUUUUGGCCUAGCAAGAACAGCUAUGGGAGAGGGAAAUGAGUACAUAUCCACACGUGUUAUGGGAACUUUUGGCUAUGUAGCACCUGAAUAUGCCAUGACCGGGCAUCUUCUUGUUAAGAGUGAUGUCUACAGCUAUGGGGUUGUUCUUCUGGAGCUCCUUACAGGAAGGAAACCAGUAGACAUGUUACGACCUCCUGGGCAAGAAAAUCUAGUCACAUGGGCUCGCCCGCUCCUUACAAGUAGGGAUGGAUUAGAAUCAAUAAUAGAUCCAUCUCUUGGCAAUGACAUUCCAUUUGACAGUUUGGCGAAGGUAGGAGCAAUUGCUUCAAUGUGUGUGCAGCCCGAAGUGGACCAACGUCCUUUCAUGGGUGAAGUAGUACAAGCCUUGAAAUUAGUAUACAACGAGGGAGAUGACUGCAGAGUAUCGGGAAACUUUAGCCCGGAGGAGACAUCCACACUAGACAAGGAGCCAAGUAUCAGCGGAGGGUGGGACUUGGGGUCAGGUAGAGUGCUCUCAGAAUCUGUGAUACUUAAUGUAUCAGCAAGAUUUACGAGGGAUGCGUCUGGUUCUUUUCAUCAGUAUUCCAGCUCAGGCCCUCUGAGACCAGGUAGCAGCCAGCAGUUUUGGCAUCGAGUGAGAGGCUUGACAUCAGGAAGCGCAAGUGAGCAUGGAACUUUUGACAAAGGAUUGGAGGCUGGUGACCAGUGGGUGUAGAGUGUUGCUUAUUCAUCUUGUCCAGGGUGAUCCACUGAUGCAGCUAGCAUUGCAGUUCCAGCCGUGGCAAGGUAUGGCGAUCGAUCGAUGAAACUUGCGGCUCAAAUAAACGAUUGGAAAUCAGGUUGUUGUUGUACAUGUUCUUGAACUGUGAAAUCAUAUAUUAGGAUGAUAAGAGGGGCAUUACUUCAGCUGCAUUUUAGGAAGCAGCAAUCGUCUCGACUGGUGUUGCACUCUUGUUCAGUGCUCAAUGUCGAUGUACAUCACAAAUAGAGCUUUCGUUUUGCCAAUAUGAGAGCAGUCUUUUUUCUUUCUUCUGCUUAUUGGUUCUUUCAACAAAAUGUCACUUGUAGUUUCCAGAUUACUAAGUUUCUUGAACUGCUGUGUCCUGUAUCUCCUACAAAAUAAUGUAGUCAAAUAUUUUAGAGAACUUGAA